UAACAUGUUAACCCUGGACUCUUUCCUCUCAUUCAGUCUGAGGCUGUUUCCACAUUCACGCACAAACUGAUUCAAUCCUAAUAAACGAACUGUUCUUCCACUGGGUGUUUGCCCAUUGUUCACUCUGAUGCAUACACUCGGCCUGGACGGCUCCAUCACUGUAUUUGCGGCUCUGUUUGUCCCACUCUGUACUCGGCUCAGUUAAUGCACGAAUGCUGGCUGACGUACUGAGACACGAGUCGCUGGACUCAGAGUUGGACUUGGUUCCUAACGUUGGCUCCAUUCACUUGGUCAGUGGUUCCGAUGAUGGGAAAAUGAAUUUCCUUGGGGAAAAGAGAAACAAAUAUCACAAAGCACCAAGCAAAAUCUUUCAUUAAAAAUCUGCCAAUAAUCACACAAAGGCUGGAUUACACCAAUCCAGGCUUAUUCCCUUUGUACUGGAUUACAAUGAGCCCACACUCAUCCCAUUACACGCCGUUAUUACACACCACACACAGAGCCUGAGAUGAGACUGAACCCGUCCCUGACUCCUACUCACUGUUUCCUAAUCUAACUUUAAUUGCUUGGCCUCAACUCUACUUCUAAAGACUCAUUUCCUAGACUCCGUGAGCAGCUCUGCUCCGCUGGCUCCACACGUUGGCCCGCAGGCGUUCAGAUCAACCCUUGUUUGUGUCAGGUGAAAAAAGUCUGGUACAUGUAGCACCGACGUAAAGCACAAGGCGAACGGCAGAGUGUCAGUGAUUGCAGCCGGCGUGUGAGGACAGGACCGGCGUCGGCUCUGGAGCCGGCUAAUUGAGCGGGGAUGAGUGAGGCCAGACAAAGGGGCACAGUGUUUUCCUAAUCAGGCUAAUGGACCGGGAACAAGCUGGGCAGCGCCGGUAGACGAGCCCCGGGGGGCCCCGGGACUCCAGGGAAGAGGCUGGGUGAUUGGCAGCUCCGGGGGAGGUAAAAGGCCCGGCUUUUCCUGUCAGGUCCUGUAGCAGGUGGUUCACGGUCGCGGGCGAAGCAGAACCUCAGAGCCGACACCACAGAUCUACACGCUGAGAGACGACCGCUAACUUCAGCGUCUCAGUUCUUCAGUGAAACUGAGUAUCAGCGAUUUGGCCUCACUUGGCGCUAAGAUGAUGCAAAAGAAGAAGACACAAUGGGGGCCCGGCCUGCUGCUGGGCUGCUUCCUGCUCUGCCUCUGGGCUCCAGCCGCCUCGUGCCACCGCGCCUCCAGCCUGCGGCGCUUCAUCGGCUGCGCCGUGCGGGAGUUCACCUUCCAGGCCAAGAAGCCGGGCUGCGGGGGGCUGCACGUCACCACCGACGCCUGCUGGGGGCGCUGCGAGACCUGGGAGAAGCCGGUGGUGGAGCCGCCCUUCAUCGAGUCCUUCCAGCGCGUGUGCACCUACAACGAGAGCCGCACGGCGGCGGUGCAGCUGCCCGACUGCCGGCCCGACGUGGACCCCACCUACACGUACCCCGUGGCCCUGAGGUGCGACUGUGGGGUGUGUGUGACCAGCACCACUGAGUGUACAACCGUGUGAGCCGGUUACACAAACUGCCCCGAGCGUUCGGCUCCUUUAUGUCUUUGUGAGUCGAUUCCCAGUAAAGUCUCUUUAACCACUCACAGCCUUUGUAAUUAUUAACGCCGCCGCUCCAGAGGUCAAAGGUCAGCACGGCUUUACUGGUAACGUCCUGCUGCUCAGCUCUCUGCCUCCCCCUAAGAUGCAG